CAAGGGUAAAUGGGUCAAAUGUAAAUCUUCAUCAGUGGUCCAGGCAAUCGUCUCACCGCCGUCCCAGCCGCCCCCCGUCAGUCCUCGAUCUUCCCUUCCCGGCCCCGUCGCGAUGGCCGCCGCCGGCAAGCCCGAACCUGCCGCGCCGCCGCAGGCGCCUUCGGCGGCGAAGGGGGUCUUCAUGCGCCGCAUCUUCCCCUUCCUCCUCGCGACCAACGUCUUCAUCGGAGUUUACGUUUUUGCCAAGACCUACAAAAGAGACCAAGAAAAGAAACAUACUGAGGCUGCCGCUGCCGCUGCCGCUGCUGCAGCAUUGUCAUCCCCAGCAAGUGCAACUGCAAAGGCUGCAGAUCCUGCUCCUGCACCUGCACCCACACCCAAAAUUGUUCUCCCACCACCAUCCGAAGAUGAGCAGCGGCAGGUGUACAAAUGGAUGCUGGAGGAGAUGCGGAAGAUCAAACCACGCGACGCCGCUGAGAAGAAUAAACUCAAUGAGGAGAAAGCUCUUCUUAAGGAUUUCAUUCGGGCAGAGUCUCUCCCUCGUUUGUGAUGAUUGCAUCGGCUGUCCUACUGGUCUUGAAAUUUUUUUCUCCACCUGCAGUCCACUGAGGACAUCCUCUGAAGUUGCCUUGUUAGCUGGCACAGAUGGUAGCUUUUUUGUACUCAUAUCUCUUCAUUUGGCAACAAAAAGGUUGGUUCCGGUCGCCAGGAAACAGUUUUGUUCUGAUGAGAACUUAUCGUGACCAGGGAUAAUCAGGAGAUGUUUUCCAAGAAGCUUAUUGCUGCCGCAGAACGUUUUUGUUUUUUUUUGUCUAAUUGGCCCGCUGUUAUUGCCUCCAUCUAGCUAUGCACUGCUAUUCUUAUGUAAGAUGAGUUCGGCUAUUCAACUGUUCUGGUCAUAAUAUAUUCCUGGACCCUUUUAAUACA